CCAGGGACUUAACGCGCUGUGUGCAGAGAAGGAAAGCAAACCCAGGAGUGCGCUUCCUAAUGCCGCGAAGCCUUGACAGCUUCCCAGAAGCCAGAUGGCAACCGACGGGCUGCACGAGAACCAGACGCUGGCGUCGCUGAAGAGCGAGGCCGAGAGCCUCAAGGGCAAACUGGAGGAAGAGCGGGCCAAGCUGCACGACGUGGAGCUGCACCAGGUGGCUGAGCGGGUGGAAGCUCUCGGGCAGUUUGUCAUGAAGACCAGGAGGACCCUCAAAGGCCACGGGAACAAGGUUCUCUGCAUGGACUGGUGCAAAGAUAAGAGAAGGGUCGUGAGCUCAUCCCAGGACGGGAAGGUGAUCGUGUGGGAUUCCUUCACUACCAACAAGGAGCAUGCAGUCACCAUGCCCUGCACGUGGGUGAUGGCCUGUGCGUAUGCCCCGUCGGGAUGCGCCAUUGCAUGUGGCGGUUUGGAUAAUAAGUGUUCUGUGUAUCCACUGACGUUUGACAAAAAUGAAAACAUGGCUGCCAAAAAGAAGUCUGUUGCUAUGCACACCAACUACCUGUCGGCCUGCAGCUUCACCAAUUCAGACAUGCAGAUCCUGACAGCGAGCGGCGACGGGACAUGUGCCCUGUGGGACGUGGAGAGCGGGCAGCUGCUGCAGAGCUUCCACGGGCACGGGGCUGAUGUGCUCUGCCUGGACCUGGCCCCCUCGGAGACGGGCAACACCUUCGUGUCUGGGGGAUGUGACAAGAAAGCCAUGGUGUGGGACAUGCGCUCCGGCCAGUGCGUGCAGGCCUUUGAAACACACGAAUCUGACAUCAACAGUGUCCGGUACUACCCGAGUGGAGAUGCCUUUGCUUCAGGAUCAGAUGAUGCUACGUGUCGCCUCUACGACCUCCGGGCAGACAGGGAGGUCGCCAUCUAUUCCAAAGAGAGUAUCAUAUUUGGAGCAUCCAGUGUGGACUUCUCCCUCAGUGGGCGCCUGCUCUUCGCUGGAUACAAUGAUUAUACCAUCAAUGUCUGGGAUGUUCUGAAGGGGUCCCGAGUCUCCAUCCUGUUUGGACAUGAAAACCGUGUUAGUACUCUCCGAGUUUCCCCUGAUGGAACUGCUUUUUGCUCAGGAUCAUGGGAUCAUACCCUCAGAGUCUGGGCUUAAUCAUCUCCUGACGAUGCACACAUGGGCACCUGAGGGUAGAAU